GCACCCCAGAAGCAAUCUUUUCUUUCUUUAAAAAAAUUUUUUUUAACAUUUAUUUACUGUUGAGAGAGAGAGAGAGAGAGAGAGAGAGAGAGAGAGAGAGCGCUCACGCGAGCAACAGCUUGUGUGUACGAGCUGGGGAGGGGCAGAGAGAAGGGGAACAGAGGAUCCCAAGCGGGCUCUGCACUGACAGCAGUGAGCCUGUUGUUGGGUUUGAACUCACAAACUGUGAGAUCGUGACCUGAGCUGAAGUCAGAAGCUUAACCACCUGAGCCACCAGGCAUUCCAGAAACAAGUCUUUUCUUUUAAGUCAUCUAGAAAAAUUAUCUUUCAGAAUUGGUACAUUGGCAAAUUAACUUCAUUUUGUAUGUUAUGAUCAAUGAUACUGCUUUUGGUUUUUGAGUCAUUAAGGAAUGUAUUGGAUAAAUGUUUAAAAGUAGCGUUUUGAAUGGGUUUCGUAAAUAUCAAGAAUCAUACUAAGACUCUACUUAUCUGAAAUCAGAGGAGAGUUAUAACUGUGACAUGUUUAUCUUUGCAUGCCCAAAUGCUGGCACUUGUCAGAAGGUUUCUUCUUCUUUUUUAAUUAAAAUGUUUUAAUGUUAAUUUAUUUUUGAGAGAGAUAGUGUGAGUGGGGCAGAGAGAGAGGGGGACAGAGGACCUGCAGAGGGCUCUGCUAAUUUGUCAGAAGUUUUCAUACAUGAAGAAUUGUCUGCUUUAAAUUAGCAUGGUUCUAGUGAAGUCAUUCUGGAGGUGGUGUUGAUAAAUUUAAUUCUUAGAGAAAAGACAUGAGAUUAUAUAAAAGGGAAUAGACUACAUCUAUAGUCCUGUUUUCCCUAGCCUUUUCAGUGUUCCUCUGAAAUCUGUGUUUUCUAGCAAGAUUUCCAUGUGGACUAUCUGUCCAUUGUACAGUUAUAAAUGAUACAUUUGUGCCUUGUAAAGAAUCCUAUUCUUCAGGACUGAGAGGGUAUCUGAAAUAGAAAUUAUUUGGUGCUUAAAGAAACUUUUCUUCUGCUUUCUCUAGAUAAUGUUUUUCCAUUUUCAUGUUAUUCCAGCAUAUUUGAUUGUUAAUUAACUAUUAAUGACUGCCUUCUCUAAUCUUCCUUCCCUCUUGGAAGGAUCUAAUUGGGAAAAGAUGAAAGUAUUAACUUGCAUCUCUGAAUACUUGGAAUCAGAGAACUGAUAUGAAAUUCUGCUUAAAAUCACAGAGGAUUUGUCCUGGAGAGCUGUGCCUGAAUCAAAACAAGGAGCACCUGAGAUUCUAUUCUGAUAAUAAGAAUUGAGUGUGGGUUUAGAGAGAGGCAAAGACUUAGUAAGCAAGGAAGACCAAAGCUAGGAGGAGUGAGCUUCUACAGAAAUGGUGAAUUAUGGAGGCAACUUGCUCUGGAAAGUGGCUAGCUUUUGUGUCUCUGGAAGCACGUACAUAUAGUCUGUGUUCAUCAGUAGGGGCUGAGGUGGAAUGGCUGCCAUUCCUCUUCUCCCUCAGAUCUCUGUACUUGGUAAUAGAGUAUGUCACUGCAUACAAAUCCAUUCUUACUUCAAUCAAAAAAGAAUAUGAUGACUUUAUUGAGACAAUAAAGGAAAGCCAAAAGACUGCAUUUUGUCUUCAUGGAAAACUUAAAGCUUUGGCAGCAGAGCCCAUAGCAUUGGUAUAUCACAGGAAAAGAACAAUCCAACUUGAAGCAAAAAUGAGGGUUAUUGAAAAUAAUUCCUCACAAAUUCAAUUGCAAAUAGACCAAAUGAAGCAACUUAGGGCAGAGUAUGACGCAAAAGAAGCAAAAUAUCAUACUUUCUCCAAAGAUCCUUCAAAACCUAUUCCAGGCAUGACUCUCCAAGAAUCCGUCAGUUUAGAUGCUCUCACUAAGUACCUGAAACAUCUUGAAGAUAAAUAUGCCGAAAUUAAACAGGUUAUGUUGAAAAAAUAUGUACCAGUUCAGAGGAAGGCAGAUUUAGAUGAGGAAAUGAUGGUGACAUUAAAACGGAGAGAUUUAGCUGAAAAUUUAAACAAAGAAUUACAGUUUCGUCAUCAAAGACUGCAGAUUAUUUCAAAUGCACUUACUUCAUGGGUAAAAUCUGAUAUGAGCAGCUCAUUUCAAGAUUUCGUGGAGCAAAUUCAGAAAACUAAAGAUUUACAUGGUGACCAAGGCAUUAUUGAGGAACUGCUUGAAGAUGAUCCAGGCAAGGCAAAAGAAGCUGAAAUUUUGCUUUCCUACAUUGAAAGGUUCAAUGAAUUAAUGUUGCUUGGUGAAUAUGAAAAGGCAGCUUGUUUUGCAGCCCACAGUCCUAGAAGAAUUCUUCAAAACAUUGGGACAGUGAAUAAAUUUAAGGCUGUUGGAAAAAUUAGAGGAAAGCCUUUUCCAUUACUCUUAUUUUUUGAGGCCAUCUUUAGCACAAGUCAUGCAUGCAGACGUCCUAUUGAUGCAGAACUGACCCUGGAAGGAAUCCAAUGUGGAUUAUCUGAAAAACGUUUAGAUUUAGUUAUCAAUUGGGUCACUCAGGAAAGGCUCACAUUUUCUGAGGAGGCUGGGGAUGUCAUUUAUGAUUAUGGGGAGCAGGAUACUUAUAACAAGGCCAAGUGCCUGGCUUUAGCUCAGAUGAUCUACACUGAAUGUGGCCUGCACAAGAAAGCUCUUCUUUGCCUAUGUAAACAGGGUCAGAUUCAUGGGGCCAUGGAAUACAUACAACAGUUCAAGGACUUUACUUCCGAUGACCUGAUGGACCUAAUCAAGUUAUGUCCUCACACUGAAUUAAUUCAGUGUCUCACUAGAGAAUGGAACGGGAAACCACCAUCUUUAUCUUUUGGUCUUGCUAUACUUCAUCUGUUCUCUGUAGAUAUGAAAAAAGUUGGCAUUAAGCUACUUCAAGACAUAAGUAAAGGUGGGAAAGGUAUAGUCGAACAUCUUAUGAUAAAUGAUCCAUUUUGCUCAUUAGAAAACUGGCAAGAAGUAGCAAAUAUAUGUUUACAGAAUGGCUUUGACAAAUUAUCUCGUGACAUCAUGUCCAUUCUUCGGUCUCAGGCUGGAGUUACAGAAAUUUCUCAAGAAGAUGAUACAGUCAACUUAAUGGAACAUGUUUUUUGGUAGUGCUACAUCUUAACCAGUUGAGGGAGCUUGUAUAACAUUUUAUGUGUGUUGGUUGGACAAACUGAUUUUGGCAUAACUAACUUAUAAAUAAAUCCAAAGUGUGAAGCUCUCAGAAAUCAUGCUGCUCUUAUUAUGUUGACAUUUAGAUUUGUCCUUGAAACAUUUAGACUGUUGCUUUCUUUUUCUCCAUAUGGUCAUUUCUUAUAUUGAAUCUUGAUAAAAUCCAAGAAUAUAACUCAGUUUAGGUAUGUACUUCUAUCUAAGGGCAUAAGCUAACAUCUAGAUAUAUUCUUUUCUGGUGAUCAAAUUUCAUAGUAAGAACUGGAGAAGGUGUGGGUAGUAUCCUGUCAGACUAAUUUCCCAAAUAUUGAAUGCUAUGAGCCUGAUUUUUAACAAGAAAGACAGGAUGUCAUUUUGAGGUUGGACUCACUGGUGAAAUCCUAAGUAUAGUAAUUUUGUACUACUGACUGCCCCAUGCUUUGGUCAAUGUAAAUGGCAAAUGUUAGGCUUCUACUCUAAAAGUUGGGAAUCCUAGCAUGUUCUUACCUAGAGAGAAGACCAGCCAAAUUUUGCAUGGAUGUAGACCUGAGAUACCUGUAGGUAUGGAACGUAUGUCAUAGGUGGUUUGGGAUGAUUUCAAAUGUCUGAGUAAGUAUUUGUUGGAAUACUCAGGUUGUGUCAUGGACAGGUAGGAUAUUCAACAUAUUUAGUGAUCCACAUGGCAUGGGCACCAUGAGUCAAACAGAACAGAUCCUCAGCUAAUCUUAACAGCUUUCAGCCCUUAUGCCACGGCAGAGCAUACCAGCUAAAUGUCAGCCUUGAUCAUGGAACUUGGUAACAGUGAGCUGCUAUGAGAUGGAGUAGGAGUAAAAAGUCAAGCUUCUUUCCCCUCCUAAAUUUAAAUUGAAUGUCUGUUUUUUUACUCUAUAGUUGAAAGAAUAUGAACUUGGAAUCAGGUAGCCUUGUAUUUAAAUUCUGGUCUUACCUCUUCCUCUUUGUAAAAUACGGGCGGUAAUACUCCUCCAAAGGUUUGUCAUGAAGGUUAGUGAUAUGUGUGUAUAAUAGAAGUAUAUAACGUAAUAGAGGAAUUUUGCAGAAGGUAACUGUUAUUUCUAUGUAAUAGGUCCCAGAAAUAUAUGUUCCUCUGCUUGGCUUAAACUUACUAAAUCCCACAUAUCUGUCUGUCUUUAUUUGUAUAAUUAUCCUUCUUUGGUGUAUUUGAUAAUACUGACAUACCUUAUUCCUAAAGUAAGUGAUCUGUCUAUGCUAGGGCUUCUUGGCUUAUCUUAUAAAUCCAGAGGGUACUGGCUACGUUCUCAGUUUUUCCAUAUAUUGCUAAACACAGUAAUGCAUAAUUAUAAUUGAGUUUUCUAAACCAAUAUUUUUUAAAGUAAUAUAUGUACAUAAUUUAAAAAGCAAUGUAUUACUAAAAGGCUUACAGUAACUAAUAAUAUUUUGAUUUCUGGCCAUCACAUUAGCUGUGAUUUUUGAAAAGAAAAGAUGAAGGAUGGAAAAAAGAAAGGGAAAGAGAAAAGGCAUUGCAGCAGCAUUGAUUUUUUAUUCUUAAAAAAAUUUUGAAUGUUUGUUUAUUUUUAGCAGCAUUGAUUUUUAAUAUACCAACGAAACCUUUUUUCUUUGAGACUUGUAUAAUUGAUAGAAAACUAUUAUGUGUCCAUUGACAGAACUUAGGGAAAAAAAGUAUCCCUGAAAGCCAGGAGGAUGAAGUAGGAACUUAAAUGUGGAAAAAGCUUGGAACAGCAGCUGUUGUUGUUACUGUUAAUUUUGCUUUUAUUUUAAAAUGUUUUUCCUCCACUCAUUAUUGUUCCUCCUCUGUUUAGCAUUACCUGCGGCAGUUUUCCCAAGGAAUGCGAAACUUGUCAAGUGAAUAUAAAUCAAAAUGUCUAGAGAUGGAGUUGGGAGGAAGAGCAAGAAAGAAUAUGAAGUCAAGUGGGGGGAGGAGGAGGAGUGGAGCUGUGAGCUACAAAAGGUUUGGAAGCAGUCGGAGCCUCCUGUAGGCUGCACUGAAGAGAUGCAUAACAUGAGCCUCUUGACAUAGGACCCUGCAUGCGAGACCAGCUCUACCACAAUCUGGCUUUGUGUCCUUUUCUUCAUAAGUUUAUUUUGACUAGAUAAUUCCUCUUAUCAUUUAUAACUCAAAAAUUCUGUAAUUCUGCAAAGGUACAAAUGAUUCCCCAGUACUUUUUGACCUUUUGCGUAAAUUUGAAAUACCAAGCAAGAUAGAUUCAACAUCAGAAUCAAUAACACAUACUGAAUACCUACUUUGUGUAUGGUCUCUGCUAUCAAAAUUACAGCUUCAGGGGAGACACAGCUGUAUCUUUUACUUUAUUUUACUUUUAAAAAUAAUAAUUCCUCAGUAUCAUCUAAUAUACACUCCAUAUUCAAGUUUCACCAACUGCUUAAAAAUACCUUUUUAUAGUUUAUUUGUUCUAAUUAGGAUCUAAACAAGGUUUGUGUGUGCUGUUUGGUUAUUGUAUCUCCGUAUCUAGAGUAUACCUCCCCCCUCACCCUUUUUUCUCUCUCUGUUGACUGGUUGGACUGGGUGGUUGUUACCAAAAAUGUUCCACCUGCUAGAUUUGUCUGACUGCUAUUUGACCUUAAGGUAUUACUUUAUUUGUUAUUCUAUUUCCCAUAUUUCCUAUAAAUGGAAGUUAGUUCUAAAGACUUGAGGAAGAUGGUGGCGUAGGAGGACUCUGGGCUCACCGCAUCCUGCUGAUCACUUAGAUUCCACCCACACCUGCCUAAAU